AUGGCACCAUUUAGUGGUAAAGCAAUAAAUGCUCAGCAACAAAAAUCGAUCAAGUUUCCUAACUCAAAUGAAAAUAUUACCUCGACUGACGAUGUUAGGCAACUGCAAAUACCGGACGAUAGUACUUUAUCACGCUUAGUAGCUGCAAGGUUAGAUCUACCUAUUUCACAAGGAUUAUUAAACAAAUUUAAACUGUCGGUCGUUAAACGUUGUUACGAAGAUCAGCUAAAGUUGAAACUCGAUGAUUUCUCGAGCGAUAGCGAUUUUCAUAUGGCAUGUAUGAUUCUUCAAAAACAGAUUGAGAUUAUUGAUGGGAAGAAAGAAAAUAUCAUAAUUCCAUCGGAAAAACUGCAGGAUAUAAGAAAUAAAAAUAAACAAGCACCGCAGUUAAAAGAGUCAUGUUUCAAUGCAGAUAACGCAGAAGAACAAACUGAAGAUGAUUCAGAGAUGGUAAUAUCAACAAAUUCAACGUCAUCAUCAGUGAUGAAUGCAACAGAAACCACGGUUAAAAUCGGUAAGAUUCUUAAACUGAAUUACGUCCAUGUGAUAAACAGAAGCAUUUUGGAUGAUAUACUCUCUCUAAGAGCCAUUGCAGAUAAGCCACGACCAGCCGUCCUCAAUCUUCUGUCUUCAAACUUGAUUUCAAUUACAUAAAAAAGUACAAUCAAUACUAACUUUUUUGCGGCAAAUCGCAACUCCACAACUCAAGUAGUUAUUGAGAUAUUCAAGUUUUAAGAAAAACUGUUAUUUGUUUAGGACCAAUCUUAAGUGUGUUAUUUUCUAACGGCUUGGCUUAGAGACACGAAACUUUCAGCACAAAUACAACCUGGAUCAGACUAGAAAACAGUGCAAGUUCAAACUCUAGAGGUCGUUUUAUAUAUCAAGUAAUAGAUGCCGCUACCGCUACUACUUUAUCUCCUGCAUAACCAGCUCAGUAAGGCUCAGACUUUUAGGGUAGAUACUAGAAGAGUGAGGUGACUUGAGACAGAGAUUUCUGAAGAACCUCAUAUUCUGGAAAAUCCAGUAAUUUUAAAAUUUCUUUCAAAAAUUUUUCAACCACAUCAUCAGAUAGCCCUUCAGUUCUCCACAAUUUUGUGUCAAAAAGUGCCAUAGAAAAUACGAUACAGCUCGAAAACGGCAUUAAAGCGAAUGAAUUUAUAUUUGUUAUGUUGGAAAACCUGUAACUUGGUCGUCCAAGAUCGUAGACAAGUGGCCAGCAUCCCAUUUUGUGGAGAAUUGAAGAGCUAUUCAAUGAUAUAGUUGAAAAACUUCUGAAAGAAAUUUUAAGAUUACUAGGUCUUCUAGAAAAAACGGGUUUUUCAGAAAUCUCUAUCUCAAGAGGCC